CUUCCAGGUGGAAGAGGACGUUUGACUGGUAGUUCUUGAACAUUUGGGCGACAAGUUCAACGUUCAUAUUCUGGAUGUUGAUCUCCUGUCGUGAUUUAGCAAAGGCUGUGAAAGAAGCCUGCUUGGCUCCAUUUCGUACCUGAAGACUUUUGUUCAGAAGCAUAAUAGCUUCAUUGAGUUUCUCCUUCUGAAUAUUAGCGGUUGCCUGAGAGUGGAGGUGAUUUCAUCACUUACCACAUUGGUAAUGAUUCGAGAGAGCAGCAAGUUCUGCUGAUGCUCGUGAGGGCUUUCCUAUAAGAGAAUCAAUACAGUCGCUUUCUCUAGCCUUGAGUCUCAUCAUACCAUUUUGCGUCCUUGGAAUGUUAUUGUCGCGGCAUUAAUUCGCCAUAUCGACGCGUUCGUCUACAGAACCAAGAGCGGGCACAACAUCACGUGGAUCCAGACCUACGUUCCAUUUGCAUGGAAGCUCCCGUGAACAAACAGCCAGCCUUCCUCUCUACCUCACUCGAUAAACGCCGAAACAGCAAUACAAUGGCACCCCAACCCUCCACUGAAGAAGCAGAUGCUCAUCAAGCGCUCCUUGACCAGCUCGACAUACACGCAAUCCAUAAGCCGUUUCGCAACCCUCAUUGGAAGCCCAACCAGCGCCGCAACAAGAAUAUCAAAACUAUCCUCGGCGACGCAGUCCGCAAAGAGGCCUCCCUUCAACCUACCAACGAGAACAGUGGCGCUGCAACUCCUAAUCCAGACGAAUCUUAUGUAUCCACAGAUGGCGAAUCAACCCCCGCAGUCUCAACGCCUGGUUCUACACUUCAACCUCCCAAUCUCGCGCAAGCUUCACGGAACUUGUCGAAGCUGGUGCUGGAGAGGAACAUGAGGUCGAAUGGAUUUUCAAACGCUCCCAGUGCGACGUACACGAACAUCGAGUCUGCGCCGUCUUUGGCACAUCCAAAGCAUUACUGUGAUAUUACAGGAUUGGGAGCGCCAUACACAGAUCCUAAGACUAGAUUGAGGUACCAUGAUAAGGAGGUCUUUGGGGUUAUCAGAACUCUAGGACAAGGUGUAGCAGAGCAGUACCUGGAAGCCAGAGGAGCGCAUACAGUUCUCAAGUAAUGAGCAAUUUGCUUGGGGAGCAAGUGUAGAGGGGACGGAGGGUUGGAUUUUGGCGCGGCAUACACUGAGGAAGGAUGAGCAGAUGGCCACAUGUUGCGGCGUACAAGCUCCAGGCUCUCUUCAUUCCGAACAAUCCCAAAUCGAUCGAACGGCUUUGUAUGAUGGGCGGGCAGCAAGGUGGAAUGAGCCGGCAGGCGGUGCAAUCCAGCAGAUACAGCUUCAACGCCAGGACACAGUCUGUAUGACCGACAAAGUCAAGCGCAUUCAACCCACCGAAAGUCUUUCGACUAACGGUUCAAGAAAGAGCUCCGGCUUAAUCGCGAUCAAGAUUCUCAUUAUCUGCCUGAAGCACGACGGGGUACCGAGAAGAUAUAGAAGAAUAAACUCAGUCACC